UUUGAUACAAUUAACAAAAAAAAAAGAAGGAGAGAAAAGAAAAGAAAAGAAAAGAAAAGAAAAGAAAAACGAACAAAAUAAAAUGUAAUACUUCCAUAAAAAAAAAAAUAUUAAAGACGAAGCUCGAAUAAUUUGAUGAAAAUAUCGAUGUUAUCUUAAAACUGCAUUAAAAGUCAGGAUUGAAACGAAGUGGGGUCCCCCAUGUGCAAACUUUUGGCGCGCGUGGAACGCACGUGGUCCAUGGCGGAGAUCACGAGGGGGCGUCUGAUUGGUAGGGAGCCGGCAGCUGUUCGCUUGGCUUCAAACGUCGAGGGAAGGAGAGGUCGAGAAUGCGGGAAAGAGAGAAAGAGAAAGAUAGAUAGUAGGUAAAAGAGAGAGAGGGGAUCUGUGUUCGACUUCAUGCGUGCCCACAGACGACGCCACAACGUUCGCGCGAGUCAGUUCGACGACGUACAUUCGCAGACGUUCAUUGUUCACUCUCGAAAAUAAUCAGAAAAGGCUCUGACUUUCUCUGUACUAUUGAAUAUUUCGUUGCGAUAAUCUAGUAAUAAACAAAAGAAAAAAAAAGCAGAAAGAAAAAGGAAAGAGAAGAGCGUGAGAAUUGUGAAAAAAAUACGUGAGGAAAUUGAGUUGCGAAGAAUUUUUCAAAGGUCUCGAAGGAUUUUAACGGACUUUCAUCGUUCGAAACGACGAGAAUGGAUGAAGGUUUUCAAAAGCGAAGACGGAAGGUGGAAAAGGUCGACGAGUUCUUGGCGAGUUCAGAAAGAAAAGAAUAUUACGAAGAGAACGUGAGAGUGACAAGUUAAGGUUCGAACGAAGGUGACGCUCUUGCGUCCUGCGAGUCCUGUGACUCCUUCCAUCUGACUUAGUCGGUAAAGUCGUUUCCUUUGAAUUCCGCGCGUGCCACCAACGGAAGUGUGAGAUUCUACUUGAAUUUGAAUAAAUUCACGAAUGAUUUCUCAUUUUAUUGCGAUAACAAAAACUUGAAUAUUUUCUGUGAUAGAAGAAUAAGCUAUAUCAAGCCAAAGAAUAUUGUCCUGCAUUCGUCGUUUUCUCAAACAAAAGAAUCACCAAAGAAAAAAAUAAGAAAAAACAAAAAAACAAUUGGAAUCAUUUUAUAUUUAAGAAAAAUAAAAAUAUCACUUUUCUUUUGUAUUAUAUCGAUCCUUGAAAAAAAUAAAAAAGAAAAGAAUAAUCGAUAUUUCUAUAGAAGGGAAAAAUUCCAGAUGAAAUUUCGAAAGGCUGCGUCAACGUCCAGUCCAAAAAUGGAAUUAUUAUCGAGACGAUCGACAACGAACGACGGCAGAAUGUCGACGUUGAAAAGAUCGAGAUCGUUUCGUGCUUCGGUAAAACUGAUAUCGAAAAUCCGAAAUCGUGCGGCUUUCAGGCUUGCCUCGGGCUUCGAAAUUUCGCCUGUGUCCUCGAAGGAUCAAUGUAAAACGACACGUGUAUCCUCGAAGGAUUUCGAAAAAGCGAAACAGCAACAGGAAUUGCCUAGGACGUUUGUGAAUUCGAUGAAGAACGAAAAGAAGUCGAACGAUAAGAGAAAUGAGAGGAUAAAGGACAAGGACAUAUCUCAGGAAGAUCGUCGAACGUCGUCAGAAACAAAUUCGUCGAUCGACGCAGUCGAGUCUCGCGAGAUUACGAAGGAUUUUGAGAAGAAGCUUUCUCUCGACGAUAGAAUAAGCAUGAAGAACCAAAAAGAUCUUGAAAGAUCCUUGGAGGGUAGAAUAGAGGACGAAACUAAGUCACCGAAAGUCAUACGUAUUUUUCGUCGAAAAAUGAUAACCGACGAAAGUUCGAAAAAGAGAAACGAUCAAGAAGUGAAGGCUAAGGGAAAGCUAGAAAAAGACGAACACGUUUACGAGAAUCCUACGUUUUCUCUAGACAGUUCCCUUGAUUCGAGUUUUGCUUCUAUUGAAAUCAACGUGAAAAAUGAGGAGCAUAUAACACGUGAGGAACGAAAUGAAUGUGUAGUCGAAAAAACUAAUUUCGAAGAGCAAAGACUCUUGAAAUCGUUACUUUCUAACAAAUCUGAUCUCAAGUACGUUAGAAGUUUCAGCAUGAGAGAAGAUAGAAGCUUCGGAAGAGAUAAAAGUCCAGGAUAUGAAAGGAACGAUCGACCAAGGACGAAUUUUUAUUCCGAGACCGAAAUCGAUGCCUCAUCAAGAUCGAAAGAGAAAUAUAAUCGUGAUCUUCGAUCGUGUAUUGAAAAUACGGAUAGUGUUUGCCCUACCAAAUCCUGCAGAAACAGGACCGUAGAUAAUUUAACUAACUUUUGGACGAAUGCUCGUGGUGGAAGCUUUCGUAGCAAAAUGUGCGCCAGUAAAAAGAAACUAGGAAAGGAAUCAAAGGAUCUAGAAUCGAUCGGACAGGAUCGAGUUCUCGUCACGACCACUUCCGGAUCAAAACUGCAAUCGCUACAAGGUAUGGAGUUCCUGGAAGGUUUUGGAAAAAAGAAGCAACAGCCACAACAGCAUUCGAACAAUCUGUCGUCGAUACAUAUUAAUCCUCUCUUGGCACAAUCCCUCAACAUACAUUUGCAUGCUCUUUUCGCAGCCGUCGAACAUGGUCAUUUGGACAAAGCUAGAACAAUUUUGGAAUCGACCGACGUGGACGUAAACAGCGUAAACAGCGACGGUUUAUCGCCAUUGGACGUCGCAGUACUCAGCAACAACAGACCACUGGCGAAGAUGUUGGUCACGUUCGGUGCUCAGGAAGGCAACCAAUUCAAGUCACCAGAGUCCUUGGGCAGUCAUUUGGCGUCGUUACUGUCGGAAGCGGAACACCGAGUCCAAGAACUCGGUGGCAGUACUUCCGGCAGCGGUGGUAGUACUCUUUUGGAACCUCCGAGCAGCCACAGAGCCAGUUUCUCGACACAGCAUAAUAAUCUUACGGGAUGCGGAGGCAGCACCGAAGACAAACAACUGGCCCUCUGGGAAAGGAGAGCUCGAGCACUGAGAAAAAUGUUGUUAGGUUUCGAUCAAGCAAGACCACCAGACAUGCCUUUCAUGGUCACAGUCGAUGUUACCGGAACAACCUCCGUGACAGUCAGAUUUCAAGAACCAGAUUCACACGACUCUCCAAUUUGUACGAAAUUCAAAGUUCAGUGGAGUCUCAAGGAGGAUUUUUCUACUAUAUGUGGGGAGAGAGAGGUUCUGGAUAUGAAACAAAGAGAAUGUCGUAUCGAUGGACUGAUUCAAGGACAAAAAUAUUAUUUCCGUGCGGCUGCGGGAAAUUUAAAAGGCUACAGCAGAUUUAGGAAUUCGGUUCCUGCUCAUGUCACUCCUAGUAGUUGGAGAGACGUUGACGGCAGGGUACCAAGAUUUGCCGGACGUUUAGAGCAAUUGAACACUCUCUUUACCGAUAUAAGACGUCCGGAAUAUACGCACGAGACACCAGCAGUUCAAAGACGCAAUCACAAAAAGAAAACGACGAUAAAGCAACUCUUUACCGCAACAAGCAAGUUUCAGAAGAAUCUGCGGCGUGGCGUGUUUCUUGCUUGUUUGCUUUAUCAUGAGGAUAAGGUUCUCGUCACCAAUGAAGACUUUUUACCUGUGAUCGAGGUCGAUGAAACCUAUCCUAGUUCUAUUUAUAACGAUUUUCACUGGCUGAUGAAAGUUGCAUGUACGUGGGACGACGUAAAGACUCUCCGACAAGAUAUGGAGAAAAGUCACAGCAGUUCGACGAAUCACUUUAGGAUAAAACUGCUCCAGGCUGCUGCACAAAUGCAGGCUGCAUUGUGUAUACAAGAUCUUGGCCAGUUAUACCAUAAACCGAUCAGAGAUAUUCAAGGAACCCUUGUAUUUGCGACCGUGAACUACGUUAAAUCGCCAAAACUCGUAUCAGUCUUAAAUAGUAGAUGGCUUCCUUUGAGUAAAGUCACUAAAAAAAUUAUAACUCACGAAGAUAGCAACGUAGCGGAUAUUUUGAUGGCCAGUAUACAAGAACAAAUGACAUAUCAUCAAGUCAGUAGCAUCAAAUUAUCAAGGGGUUUAUAUCUUGGUUAUUUGAAAAUGCAAAGUAGCGUGGAUCUUAUACAACUGGUUGUACCGGCAAAGUCACCUAACGUCUUGCCACAUUGUAAAAUACGUGACAACCCUCAUGUAUCCGCGGAGGAAUGGGAUUAUCUGAAAAGGAUAACUCGCAUUUAUGCCUCCGACAAUUCUGUCAAAGAUUCAGAGGAAAAAGAGAAUGUAACGAACGAAUGUCAGGGUACAGAACAACAGAAAUUAUUCGUUGAUUUGGUCUCCGCGACAUCACGUCGUCUCUUUAAUUAUAUGGAAAUUAAUCCAGAGGAUUCUUUAAUACAUCGACUUUAUGAUGCUGAAGUUAUCGAUCUCACGCACGAUGUGUCAUUUCUUAUUACCGUACCUCCUGCAGAAACAGCGUGUUGUGUACCCGGAACCAGAGAAAUUCUUUUACAACGAGGGGAUUUACUUUCCUUGCCCAUUCAAGUAUUCGAAAUGGUUCACUUAAAUACAUACCAAAAGGAUGUGAUCAAUCGAUAUUCAAGGCUAAGCUGUAUAUUGGAAUUGGACACCGCACAAGCUCAGCAUAAUCAUAGAGAAGCUUUUAGCUCUUUAGAAUUAAGCGUGGCGAAAGAUAAACUUGCGAGGUUACAAGAUCUACAAUCUCAGGUAAACACAGUAUGGAAGGGUGCUAGAUGGCUUAUCGACGUCAUCACUUUUGCAAGAGACCGUGGAUCUGGUCAACAAAGCGGUACAUCACAAACUGUUGGUAUAUCUAUGAAACAUCUAUUAGGUCUAGACAGAAAUAAGAGUAAUAGCAAUAGUUUAAAAAGAAGUCUUCUUCAGUUACCACCUCGGGAUCAUAAACUCGUCAAAUCGAGUCCAGGACGUGGAAGUUGGCCAGGUCCGAAUGUUACAAAUUCCUCUUCCAAUUUGCUUACAACCGAAUUUAGCAAAAGCGAGCAACAAUUACCUAGUGGUCAAUAUGUACGGAAGGGCAGUAACAUUUCAACAAAUUCAGAAUCUCAGAAAUCGUCCGUACCUAUAAGUAGUGCUGGUAAUUUGAGCAAUACCAAGAACGUUAGCACCAACAAUCAUUUAGUACCCAUGCAGAAUGUACGACUUCCACCUUCGAAAUCUGAGGACACCCUUUUACUUACCAAGUACAAACACAGUCCUAGAAAUCGUUCGGCCACCAUCACUUCUGCGUCGGCAAGUACCAGUCCAUUACUUAAUAUAAAACCGAUUAUUUACGGUGGAUCGCUUUUAAGCGUAUCAACGGCUAUGACCAACACCAACACGAGUCUCCUCAGUGUUAGCAACACAAAUUCCGACAGUCUUCAUUCUCUAAGUAGCGACGAAUAUUCAACUCCAAAUUCGAGUGUAUGCUUAAAACCAGGACAUAUGAAAGUCAAAACGACAAAAUCAACGGCUAGUAUAGCAACUAUGGCUACUUCAGUAGGGGAUAAUCAAUCGGAAGAAGAAAAGGAUGAAGCAACGAUGAUGCCAGCACCUCUCCCUGGCAUUCUUCAGGUUUACGCGGCCUAUGAAACUGGUUUGGCCUCUGGUACCAGUUUAAAAUUACAUGUAACACCACGAACCACAGCAAGAGAAGUUGUAGAUCUUGUUGUCAAGCAAUUAAAUAUGGCUGUAGUGUUAAAGGGUCAAGAUGGGCCUAUCUACACAGUCGAUGAAUUACCAAAUUUUUGCUUAGUUGCUGUAAUUGGUGCGAGGGAACGUUGUUUAAGAGAUGAUUUUAAACCCCUUCAACUGCAAAAUCCGUGGAAGAAGGGGCGUUUGUAUGUUAGACAAAAACAAGAUGUUCUCGCUGCUCUCGAACACAGUAGCAAGCAUACAGCCUAUUUAUAGCAAAAAUAUGAUAAAACAUCUUAAAAUUAUAAUAUGUGAUUUUUAGUUCUCAAAAUAUAACAUAGUGAUAACUAUUAAUACGUUUGAGAAUGUAAAGUCACAUUGCGUAUCGAAUGAAAUUCAUCAUACGAUCUAUAAAUCGAAAAUUUCAUUUUAUAGGACUUGGUGUUUUUAAGAAUUGCUCUUAAUAUUAAAGAUAUAAUUUAUUACACGUAUAAAAGAAUCGGGAGAAAUUGAUUUCCUCUUUUCAUAUAAAGUCAACUAGCUUUAGUUAGAUUAUAAAGUGAUAUUUGACGUGAAAGAGCGUCGUAGGUAUUCUAUAAUCUACGUAAUAUAAAACGUUUCUCGUCGUAAGUAAUUGCACUAGAUGAUCGGUGAACUCGAAUAAUUUUCUGUAUCUAGAACUGUACAUUCCAAGUUUUAAUGCGAUCUGUAAUAUUCCUCGUUAGUUAGUUAGUUUGUAAAAAAAGUUAAUACUCAAGAUAUAUUAUACAUUAUUAUAUUUUAGGUAUCGAUCUCAAUGUUUUGUCCGAUAUGCGCGUCAUUAGCAGUGUGUCAAAUGUUUCAGAGAUAUCGUCGUUCCUAAACUCAAUAACUUUUGUGUCCAUAUAAAUAAAUAAUCUAUGUAACUUUGAUAACUUUCAACUUAACGUUUGUAAAAAUUAAUUAAACAUAGCAUAAAAAAAAAUAGUUACGAUGCUUAACUGCAUUUUUAAUAGCUAUUUAUUAAUGAUAUAUCAAACCUGAAAUAUAACAUAUAUUAAGAGUAUUAAUUUCUUUUAAAUAUGCUUUAUAAUAUUUUUUUAUUUAAAGGCUUUUAAAAUGAUAAUACGAAAAGUUCCUAAAGUUCCCUAAUAUUAUCAGACAGAAAUUAAAUUAUUAUUGUAUUGAAUUCGUUGCUAGGAACGAUAGAAUUAUCUCUGCGAGGAAGUAAAAUCGACAUCGGUGCUCAUUUAAAAGAUGAUUUGAUUUUAUAGAAGAUGACAAAGAUUGAAUGAAAGUUGUUUGCAAUUGGUAGUGCGUUUGUGACAAAGAGGCUUAUAGACUGUGCUGUAGUAUAGAAACAAAUAUUAUUAUUUUUAUUUCGAAUGCUAUUACAUGGGAAGAGAGAUAAAGCGUGCGUCAGUGAACAUAAGUAUGAAACUUCAUUUUUUUGUGUUUGGGAUAUAUUUGAUUUUAUAACAAAUUAUGCGCGAAGUUCUUACUCUAUUGCUGUUAAUCAUCAGAAUUUCUUGACGAAAUUAAACAAGAGAUUCAUUCUAAUAAUAAAAUUGAGAAAUGCGCCAUAUCGUCAGUGCAUUUUUCAAUCAAUAUUUAAAAUACGAUUAUGAAAUUUCAAUAACUAAUAAAAUCUUAAUAUAUUGUGUCAACACAUUGUAUCAAUAUCAGAGAUGGGAAUUCUUAUGUAUCCUAAUUAUAAACAGCAACUAUUUUAAAUUGCAUUCCAAGUACGUAGCACAGUAUAAUUAUUUUUAAUCGCCUAUAGCAAAAUUUAAAUUAUAUCUUCACAAUUAUAUUUUUACGUAAUAAAAUUUAUAUGUAUAUCUUAUAUUUUUGAUGCUACAUAUAAGUUCUCCCAGUUCUGAUUCAUAAACCGUUUAAAGUAAUACUCUGAUAACACAAUAUGACUGCACAAUAUUUAAGAAAUUAGAAAAAUUUUUGCAUAACUUCUUAUAUAAUAUAAUAAUCAAGAUCCAAGAAAUGUUUUGUAAACGUAAUAUGAUUUUUAAUUUCAUUUUAUGGCACAGAAUUGCUUACCCUUUUAAGAUUGUAAUGCAUAUACAUACGCAAUUAUAUUUCAAAAAGAAAUAUUAAAUAUUAAAUAUUUAUAAGAUCCGUCCUUCGCUUACUGCACAUUAUAUUUACUUAAAAAGUAUCGUUCAGAAUGAAUAAAUAUUUCAUAUUUAUUGUGCAGUAUAUAUUGUGCACAGAGGGGCCAUUAUGUUUAACAAAAAUAUACGAUGCACAUAUUUUUUUAUUGAAAAAAUUGAGAUUGUUACUAUCGUAUAGCUUAAGAAUGCUUUACAAAGAUGAAACAGCGAGUAAUUGAGACAGGAUGAUGCAAAAUUUUAUUAGCUCUGAAUGUUUAUUGAUGUUAAAUGUAAAAUAAGUAUUAAUUAGAUAGAUGUUAUUAUACAAAGGAGAGGAAAGAGUGAAAGGAAAGAUAAAAACGAGUAAGCGACAAAGGAAAGAAAGAGAGGAAAACCAAAAAAAUAUGUUAUGUCCAAAUAAAUUAUAGGAACAAAGGUUUUCCUUUAUUAUAAGGAAAUAGGAUCAUAAGGAAAUAGAGAACAACUAAGGAUAUUAGACUUUGUAAAUAAAUUAGAGUAUAGAACGACGAUGACGAUAGGAGAUGCAAACUAACGAGAUUAUUUUAUCUGAAAGCGUAUAUUUAUCAUGAUGUAUCUAUAUAAUUGCGCCUACUAAAAAAGCGAAGAUGAAAGGUACACAUAAAAUAGUAAUCGGAAAAUACGAAGAUCGCCGUUCCCCUCGCACCAAGAAAAAUGAAAAAAGGAAAAAAAAAUACCCACAAAAUCAUAAGAUUAAAGAAAGUUGAAGAAGCGCGUAUACAAAUAAUUGUGGUGAAAUAUUAAGAAAAUAACAAAUUCGAUGUUUGUAUAGGAAAGGAAUUUUUCGUUCGGUGGUAACUAAAUUUUUCUUUUACCCCUUUUUUCUUUCUUUUUUCUCAUUUCCCUUCAUUCGUAUUCCAGUCUCGACAAAAUCCUGUAUAAGAAGGAAAAGUGCAUAUAAGAAAAGGGAAGAAAAAAACAAAAAAAGAAACAAAAAAAAGAAUAAAAUGUACCAUUGUAUUUGAGUCAUAUCGUCUUUCACGCGGUCACGUCGGUACUUUUCUCUUUUAUUUUUCUUUUAUUAUAAUCUUCUCUCACCACCCAGUAAUUUUCCCCGACACAAGCAGAACCUGCCCGCCCUGUUGGCUAAACGAGAAACGAACCCGGACUUCCCACGACCGAGAGUCCUGCUGACCUACUUCAAACCUUGUUUCUCGUCUCAUCUCGUCUCUCGUACCACCUACUCCUUAUUUAUUCCCGACUCAGAGCGUAAUUAUGCGCUCUUUUUCUUAUCUUGGAUUUGCCGAGAAAAGGGGCAAUCGUCGCGGAUUUAACGGUAAGAAUUUCUUCGAAUUCUUACGUUUCUUUUCUUCUUCUUCUUCUUCUUCUUCUUCUACUUCUUCUACUUCUUUUUCUUCUUCUUCUUUUUCUUC